AUGGCGCUGCCUCUCCGCUCCAUUGAGAGGCUUCCCCAGAAGAGUUGGGACACCACGAAAUUGUGCUCCACUUUGGUAAAUACAAAUGUUCUUAUCUGUGAUGCUGGCAUCUUCUCAGCGGCCGGGCCUCCAAAGCCGUUGCCUCGUGAAGUGUCGGCGUCGUUCUGGCAGGGUUUUUUUUUUUUGGACAAUGAGGCUGCGUCUUCAGCGACUGGCAAGUACUUGGAGGGGCCUCCAGGGCUGCGGCAGGAUCCACUACGCGUAAUAAAUCAGACGCUACUUGUGCAGGAAGAGACUGAACAGCGGUGA